ACAAGAAGAUCCUGGAACUCAUGUCCAACAUCAUCCAGCUGCUGACUGGAGAGGUUGCCAUAAGGACUCAUCAUGUUUCCAUCUAUUUUUCCUUGGACGAGUGGGACUAUAUAAAAGGAAACAAGGACCUUUAUGAGGAUGGGGAGAAGGAGGAGCCUCAGCAGCUCCGCCCACUGGACUGUGAAUAUGAAGAUACGAGAGAUAUUACAGCUGAUCUGGGACGAACAUUAUGUUAUAAUAAUGAGACAAGCAAGAUUGGGGCUGAAGGAGCAGUUUUUUGUGCCAACAGAAAUCCCACAAACCCUGAAAUUUGUCCAGUGGAACAGCCCCCACCAGCCAAUGGGAUUAAAGAGGAAGUGGUUGCAUGUGAUGAGGGAAACCAAUCAGAUUGCAGCAUUAAUCCACUUAUAGAACAGAUAAAGGGAACAGAUACACUUACUCCUAUCAUGGAGAUGAAUAACUCUUCUGAGUGCCAUAAAGAUUUUACUACUGAAGCCGGUCUUCUCCAGCAUCAGGAAACUCACAACAAAGUAAAUCCAUUUGUCUGUUCUGUGUGUGAGAAACAUUUUGUGUGUCAUUCAGACUUUAUUGUACAUCAGAGAAGUCACACACAAAAGAAACCAUUUUCCUGCUCUGAAUGUGGCAAAUGUUUCACCUGUCGCACAGGCCUUAAGACACAUCUCAGAAUUCACACAGCAAAGAAACCAUUGACUUCCACUUUAACUCAGUGUCAGAAAUGUUUUGCACAUCACUCUGAUAUCGCUAGACACCACUGCCUUCAGAAAGGAGAAAAGCCAUUCACUUGUACUGAAUGUGGCAAAUGUUUUACCUAUAGCCGAGACCUUACCAUUCAUUCCAGGAUUCACACAGGAGAGAAACCAUUCACUUGUACUGAAUGUGGAAAAGGUUUCACCCGUAUGUCACAGCUUACCAGCCAUCUCAGAAGUCACACAGGAGGGAAACCAUUCACUUGUACUGUAUGUGGGAAAUGUUUCACCUGUAUGUCACAGCUUACCAGACAUCUCAGAAGUCACACAGGAGAGAAACCAUUCACUUGUACUGUAUGUGGGAAAGGUUUUUCCCAUAACCAUGACCUUACUAUUCAUCUGAGAAUUCACACAGGAGAGAAACCAUACAUGUGCCCUGAAUGUGGGAAAGGUUUUACCCGUAUGUCAUUGCUUACCAGACAUCUCAGAAUUCACACAGGAGACAAACUACUCACUUGUACUGUAUGUGGGAAAGGUUUUACCAACAGCCACGACCUUACUGUUCAUCUGAGAAGUCACACAGGAGAGAAACCAUACAUUUGCCCUGAAUGUGGGAAACGUUUCACCUGUAUAUCACUGCUUACUAGACAUUUCAGAAUUCAUACAGGAGAGAAGCCAUUCACUUGUAAUGUAUGUGGGAAAUGUUUUUCCCAUAACCACGACCUUACUGUUCAUCAGAGAGUUCACACAGGAGAGAAACCAUAUAUUUGCCCUGAAUGUGGGAAACGUUUCACCCAUAGGUCACAGCUUACCAGACAUCUCAGAAUUCACACAGGAGAGAAAACAUUCACUUGUACUGUAUGUGGCAAAUGUUUCAGGGAUCGUGCCUGCCUAAAUUCCCACAAAAAUAUUCAUACAGGAGAGAAAACAUUUUCCUGUUCUGAAUGUGGAAAAAGUUUUCCUCAUCGCAAAGACUUUAUAAGACAUCUCAGAAUUCACACAGGAGAGAAACCAUUCACUUGCCCUGAAUGUGGGAAAUCUUUCACCUGCAUAUCACAGCUUACCAGACAUUUGAGAAUACACACAGGAGAGAAACCAUUCACUUGCACUGAAUGUGGGAAAGGUUUUACCCAUAGCCACGACCUUACCAUUCAUCUGAGAGUUCACACAGGAGAGAAACCAUACAUUUGCCCUGAAUGUGGAAAAUGUUUCACCUCUGUGUCACUGCUUACCAGACAUCGCAGAAUUCACACAGGAGAGAAACCAUUCAAUUGUUCUGUAUGUGGGAAAGGUUUUAUGUAUCGUUACCAGCUCACUGCUCAUUCCCAGUUACACACAGGAGAGAAACCAGUAACUGUACCUAUAGACAAGAAGAUCCUGGAACUCAUGUCCAACAUCAUCCAGCUGCUGACUGGAGAGGUUGCCAUAAGGACUCAUCAUGUUUCCAUCUAUUUUUCCUUGGACGAGUGGGACUAUAUAAAAGGAAACAAGGACAUUUAUGAGGAUGGGGAGAAGGAGGAGCCUCAGCAGCUCCACCCACUGGACUGUGAAUAUGAAGAUAAGAGAGAUAUUACAGCUGAUCUGGGAGGAACAUUAUUUUAUAAUAAUGAGCCAAACAAGAUUGGGGCUGAAGGAGCAGAAUUUUGUGCCAAUGGAAGUCCCACAAACCCUGACAUUUAUCCAGUGGAACAACCCCCACCAGCCAAUGGGAUUAAAGAGGAAGUGGUUGCAUGUGAAGAGGGAAACCAAUCAGAUUGCAGCAUUAAUCCACUUACAGAACAGAUAAAGGGAACAGAUACACUUACUCCUAUCAUGGAGAUGAAUAACUCUUCUGAGUGCCAUAAAGAUUUUACUACUGAAGCCGGUCUUCUCCAGCAUCAGGAAACUCACAACAAAGUAAAUCCAUUUGUCUGUUCUGUGUGUGAGAAACAUUUUGUGUGUCAUUCAGACCUUAUUGUACAUCAGAGAAGUCACACACAAAAGAAACCAUUUUCCUGCUCUGAAUGUGGCAAAUGUUUCACCCGUCGCACAGGCCUUAAGACACAUCUCAGAAUUCACACAGCAAAGAAACCAUUGACUUCAACUUUAACUCAAUGUCAGAAAUGUUUUGCACAUCACUCUGAUAUCGCUAGACACCACUGCCUUCAGAAAGGAGAAAAGCCAUUCACUUGUACUGAAUGUGGCAAAUGUUUUACCUAUAGCCGAGACCUUACCAUUCAUUCCAGGAUUCACACAGGAGAGAAACCAUUCACUUGUACUGAAUGUGGGAAAGGUUUUACCUGUAAGUCACAGCUUUCCAGCCAUCUCAGAAGUCACACGGGAGAGAAACCAUUCACUUGUACUGUAUGUGGGAAAGGUUUUACCCAUAGCCAUAACCUUACUAUUCAUCUGAGAAUUCACACAGGAGAGAAACCAUUCAUUUGCCCUGAAUGUGGGAAAUGUUUCACCCGUAUGUCACAGCUUAACAGACAUCUCAGAAUUCACACAGGAGACAAACUACUCACUUGUACUGUAUGUGGGAAAGAUUUUACCCAUAGCAAUGACCUUACUGUUCAUCUGAGAAGUCACACAGGAGAGAAACCAUACAUUUGCCUUGAAUGUGGGAAACAUUUCACCUGUAUAUCACAGCUUAAUAGACAUUUUAGAAUUCAUACAGGAGAGAAACCAUUCACUUGUAAUGUAUGUGGGAAAUGUUUUUCCCAUAACCAAGACCUUACUAUUCAUCUGAGGGUUCACACAGGAGAGAAACCAUACAUUUGCCCUGAAUGUGGGAAACGUUUCACCCGUAUGUCAUUGCUUACCAGACAUCUCAGAAUUCACACAGGAGAGAAACCAUUCACUUGUACUGAAUGUGGCAUAUGUUUCAGGGAUCGUGCAAGCCUAAAUUCCCAUAAACAUUUUCAUACAGGAGAGAAACCAUUUUCCUGUUCUGAAUGUGGAAAAAGUUUUACUCAUCACAAAGACCUUAUUAGACAUCUCAGAAUUCACACAGAAGAGAAACCAUUUGCUUGCCCUGAAUGUGGGAAAUGUUUUACCCAUAGCCAAGACCUUACCUUUCAUUCCAGAAUUCACACAGGAAAUAAAUCAUUCACUUGUCCUGAAUGUGGGAAAUCUUUCACCUGUAUAUCAGAGCUUACCAGACAUCUCAGAAUACACACAGGAGAGAAACCAUUCACUUGUACUGAAUGUGGGAAAGGUUUUACCCAUAGCCACGACCUUACUGUUCAUCUGAGAAUUCACACAGGAGAGAAACCAUACAUUUGCCCUGAAUGUGGGAAAACGUUCACCUGUAUAUCACAGCUUACCAGACAUCGCAGAAUUCACACAGGAGAGAAACCAUUCACUUGUUCUGAGUGUAGCAAAUGUUUUACGUAUCGUUACCAGCUUACUGCACAUUCCCAGUUACACACAGGAGAGAAACCAUACAUUUGCCCUGAAUGUGGGAAAUCUUGCACCUGUAUAUCACAGCUUACCAGACAUCUCAGAAUUCACACAGGAGAGAAACCAUUCACUUGUUCUGAAUGUGGCAAAUGUUUUAUGUAUCGUUACCAGCUCACUGCACAUUCCCAGUCACACACAGGAGAGAAACCAGUAACUGUACCUAUACAAUGAUGAGUGAAUAACAUACAGUUGAUGAUGCUACCAAAUUAUAAUUUCAUUUGUAUAAAAGUUGAUUACAUUUAAUAAAAUUGUAAUACCUUUGCCU